UAGCUGGACCUAUUGCCUGUGGUUCUGGACGUUCAUUUUCUUUUCGCCUUCACCAUUAAGGACAUGAGUCCGUGCAGUCUUGUAACGUACGCUCUCAAAAUCAGUUCCGCCACCUGUGCGCUUUUAUUUGGUGACAGCGCGUGAUCGACAUUACCAUUCGCGUCUCCUCUCGGAACUCUGACGGGAUGUCAGCCGCGGUUCGUAGAAACUCGUCCAAAACCGGGAACGGCGUGGAGUCCGAUCCGGAUGGAAUUCGGACGAUACGCAGAGAGCUGUCGACUGAGUGCACACACAAUGAAUGGGAUAAUAUCAUGGAGUCUUCAUCUAGAGAUUUUAAGACCUCAAGAGGAAGCAUCAAAGGUACUUCAGGAGCUUCUGAUGAUAAUAUACCAACAGUUUUGGCUAUGCAGCUGGCUAUGGUGGAGGGGCCAGAUCGACUUCCUGCCGAUGAGGGCACACAGGAAGUGCUUUGCAGGAAACUUUGUGUGCUCGAAGCUGACCUCUCAGGGGUCGUGACCUUGAUCUCUGAGUUGUCUGCUCAUUUUGUAUCCAUCAAUAGUGAGGAAAGGACUAUAUUUAUCACCUUUAAAACGCUUGAAGAAAUAUGGAAGUUCAGCACAUACCACAAAAUGGGCUUCUUGGGUCAGUGCAUGGAAAACCUUCUCAUGAACCAGGAGUUCUGGUUAAUCUCCCUUGAUCAGCAUUCAGGAAUUGAGAUCUCAAUUAAAGAAGAGACACUAAAUCUGAUGUAUAAAGGCUUUCUAAUGCAAGAAGGGUCUUUCUUUGGAUGCUGCACAGCUAAUCAGAUGUUUGAUAGCUCUACGUCAGGGAGCGACCUUUAUCUGGAGAAGGGGGAUAUCGCUUUGUUUGAGCCUCCAUUCCUAGGAUCAGGGUGGACAGUGCUGUCACUUGCAGAUGGGGCUAGAGGAACCAAACCAAAACCAGCUCUGGAACCGGUCAUUCCCUUUCAUGAGUGGUUUCUAAAGUCCUGCCCAGAGAGUAUAUUAGUGGGUGGUGGAAAGGACACAAGUGACCUUCCCUUCCAGAUUGCAGUAGGGGUCUGUGAGACCACAGAAGAGUAUGAUGCCGACGGGCCAGAUGAACUGAGUUUCCAGGCUGGUGAACGAAUCAUCAUCCUGGGCCUGCUGGUGGCCUGUUUUGAUUGGUUUAUGGGAAAAUUGGAGAGAACUGGGGAUAUCGGACUCGUCAAAACCAAGCUGGUCAAAACAACCAGUUCAUUUAGUGAAUCAUCUGACAUAUUCUUGAAAGACGAGGACAGACAAAUUGCUACCUUGGAUCAGGACAAAAUUAAAGAGGACACUAUUGCUUUAUUGAAGAAAAUAUGCCAGUCUGAUGUUGGCACAAACUACAAACUCGAUCUAGCAAAAGAAAUUCCAGGAUCAGUUCAAAACAAGACUCAUCAGACAGAAUUAAACAACCUAAAACAGAAAGUCAAACACAUUUUGAGUGAGGUAGAUGAGUCUCAAAGAACUGAGGUUUCAUCAGUCAGCAGCAAGCAACAGAUGAAGAAAGAAGCGGAUGAUACAGAGUGGUCCCGGGAAAUCCCACGGUUUUCUGUCUGCUUAGAGCAGGACAACAGCAGUCCAGAUGUACAUCAUGCAAUGCUUUCAUUCUUGAGCAGCCGUGACCACCAGCCGGAGUUCCUGCUUUUGUACAGGGCUUACCCAGAAUUCCUCAUCUCACAUUUCGAGGGUCACUCUGAUGAAGAGGAGAUAGUGGCGUAUUUAGGCGUAGCCCGAGAACUGGCACGAAAGAAGCAUGUCUCUUGGGCGCAGAGUCGAAUUUGUUUUCUUCUUGGACAGCUUUGUGCAGGGAGGUCAAAGUUCUCUCAAGCUCGGGUUUAUUAUGAGGAAGCCUUGAAUGUACCCAGGGACUGUUUCACAGACAUGUUUCUGCUCUCUGCCAUUUACUCCAACCUGGCACUCAUCUACCUAACACAGAAGAACCAUGAAAAAUGUGUCCGUUUUUCAGAGCGCUUGUCUGCCUUGUUGAUGGCUGUGCCUGAUUGUUUCUUUGGCUGUGAGGAUCCUGAGGUAUUCAAAUAUGUGCUAAAAAAAGCUGUCCUGGCUAAGAAUCAGCCUGCUGAGGCACGGGCCUGCUUCCUCCUGGCAAAGCUCCACCUGAAGCUUAAAGACGGCAUGAGUGCAAUCCCAUUCAUUGAAAGGCUUUUGAUCCUUGCUGAUGAAGUUCCUGACGCAUGUGAUGAGACAUUGAGCCAAGUUUUCCUGGUGUUAGCAAGACUCUACAGUGACCAGAGACUGCUACGCUUGGCUGAAAGCUGUGCAAAGCGAGCAUCACUUCAGGUAGGAGCCACCGUGUCACACUGUCUUUGCAGUAUCUCGCUAUUGUUGGAAAAUGCAUCAGAGCUGUAUGGAGUGGCCGUCCCAACACAAGUGGCUCCAUACCUGACCCGUGCCGCUGCUUUAGUGUCCCCCAGCAUGGAGCCUGUGCUGGGUCAUAUCCACGCUCUAUGCUUGUCCUGGCUCUUCCAUAUCCACGGCAUGCCUGACAGAGCUGUUCGCUACAUGUCCACUGUCCUCGACCACAGCGGUGUGUCCAGCGUCGGCCAGUCAGACACUACUGCUGCUCUCCUAUGGUUGGCGUGGCUGUACAUCUGCAACCAGCAACCCGGCACAGCUCUGGAAGUGCUAGACGCUGUGCUGUCAUCGCUUCCUGAGCACUGUACUACUCAGCUGGAAGGAGUGGUUUACAACAUGCGGGCCAUUUCAUACAGACAUUCAGUGGACAUCCGACAGGCCACUGAGAGUUACCGGGCUGCAAUUGAGAUAUGCGAGGAGUUUGAGGAUAGACGUAACUGGGCCAUAUCACUGGCCAACUUUGGAUUCAUGUGUUUGCAAAUCAAGGCAAAAAGAUUGGCAGAGGAAUACCUCACUCAGUCAGUGGAGCUGUUCUCUGAGCUUGAGGACGAAGAGCAUGAACUCAGUUUUAUUUUAGUGCUUCUUGACUUGGGAAAACACUUUGUUUCCCAAGGAAACCAUGAGAGUGGGAAGUUAUACUACGAAUGGGCCCUGCUGAGUGCCAUGUUUAUCAGUCACAUAGAUAGUCAGCUGCAAGCCACACGUCACCUGUGUCAGCUUUACGAAGAGGUGUGUCCGGAUGAAGCCCAGUGUAUCAUCUACAACGAGCACCAGCUGAACCUUCUUCAGCGGAUUGGAGACAAGAGCUUAGAGGGAGAGAUACUGGAGAAGAUCAGCCAGCUGUACCUGAACCUGGCUACCAAGAAAGCCAAUAGAGCUGCUUUAGAUUACACUAAACGAAGCCUGGGCAUCUUCAUUGACUUGGGCAGAAAACGCAAGGAGGCUCAUGCCUGGUUAAAGGCUGGAAAGAUUUACCACAUCCUCCAACAGACCGAGCUAGUGGACCUCUACGUGCAGGUAGCCCAGGACAUGGCUUUGAGCACAGGAGACACACUCUUCACCCUGGAGAUGUUGGAGGCAGCUGGAGAUGUGUUCUUCAACAGUUCACAGGACAGGGAGAAAGCCAUCUGCUUUUACAGGGACCGAGCCCUUCCCAUCGCGGUGAAGACGAGCAGUGUGCGCUCUCAGCUUAGGCUGUGUAAUAAGCUUUCAGAGCUCCUGCUGCAGCUGGGACAGUGUUCAGAGGCCAUUGAGUAUGCUCGAACUGCAUUAGACAUUAGCUUGAGUCUGGCUGAUGAUUUAAAUGAGCGGGUGGCAUUCCAUCGCCUCGCCACAUUGUACCAUUGUCUGGGUCAGUUUGAAAUGGCAGAGCACCACUUUCUGAAAGCCCUGUCCCUGUGCCCCUCACCCCUGCAGUAUGAUGAGGAAGCCCUGUACUAUGUCCGGGUUUACAAAACACUUGGAGACAUCGUCUUCUAUGAUGUAAAGGACCCAUUUGAUGCUGCUGGCUAUUAUCACCUGGCCUUGGCUGCUGCUAUGGAUCUGGGGAACAAGAGGUCCCAGCUAGAGCUGUGCACUCAGUUGGCCACCAUCUAUCACAACUGUCUCAUGGACCGUGAACUCUCGCUGUUUUUCUACCAGCGAGCCAGAGCUUUCGCUAAUGAUCUCCAUAUUCGUCGUAUCAACCUGGCACCAGACUACAGCUUCAGGACCACAGCCCAGUACAAAAACACAAUAACUGGGGCAACAAGAUAGAGCUGGACUCUAAUGGGAUAUGAAACUUCCAUGCUUGCUUUUGAUUUUACUUGUGUGUGAAUUUCCCAUGUUUACUUUUAUUUGCUGGAUGUGAUGUAUAUUAGUUGAUUUACGGAAUGUCUGACUCAUGAGACAUGUUGAUUGGUCCAGCGAGUGUUUACUGGAGUGUAAGCAAUACAACUUUCAGGCAUUGUCCGUUUGGCUCAAUAUCCCAUGUUGGAAGUAACCAAAAAACAGAUACUAUUUUUCUUUCUUUCUUAUGGAAAAUAAUUGUCUAAAAUGUUAGAAUUAGUUGUUUCUGGUUUUCCAUUCUGUAAAAUCGUAUUACCUUCGUUUGACACAUGCAAGUGAUGUCAGUGAACACAUUUUUACCUCAACAAGGGCUGUUCUGUUUGUACUAAGUGCAGAGAAUGACAGGAGUUAUAGUUUUAAAUAAACAUGUUCAUGCCUAGUGAAAUACAUGACUUGGUCCAAAACCCUUCAAGUUCAGUGAAAACAAAUCCACUGGCACUGUACGGUCGGCAUUCAGAUGUAUGUGCUAAAAAGAGACCGUGUCCCCCUGGUCACCAAUAAAAAGUGGAUUUAAUAUUUAAUUGCUUACAAUAUAAUGUAUCAAGGUAAUUUAUACCAAUGCAAACCUUGAGUACUAGUGAGCCCUUGUCAAGAUCCCACAAUCACAGUUCUACUCUUUUGGUUUUCAUCCUAACUAUAGAUCUGUUGGUACUAUCCAAGCAGUUCAUUAUAACUCAGUCCAGAAAAAAUAGGGGACAAUCAGCAGACAUAGUGCACUGGAGUAAGCUGAUAUGAUGAUGUGUGAAUGUUUGUGAAGGAAUAGUUACUUGUGUCAGAUCUUUACGGUUCCUUUGUGAAA